GCAAUAAAGAUUUCAUACAGAGUUAACAACGCCGUAAAGCCAGUUUUCUAAUUCGUAGAAGUAAAGACUUGAACUGUCGUUACAAAUUUGACCAAGCUCAAGGGAGAUGAAAAACAGCAUGCUGAGAUUUCUGAUAUUGACGUGUGGCGUAGUCUGUUGGGGUUGUCAAAUUGCCAACCCCGCCGCAAAUGACUUCCUACAGAAUUAUGAUCACGAAAUCCAGAAAUUAAAAUCAGCUUGUCAAUUGGCUGAAUGGAACCACAAAACCAACAUUACAGAUUAUAACGAAAAGUUGAUGAUGGACCAGAAAAUGAAAUGUUCCAGAUUUAGGCAGGAAGCAUAUAAAAAUGCGUCACGAUUCAAUCUGACUCUCUUGAAUUCAUAUCAAAGACGCCAGUUCUCCAAGAUUAUGGACAUAGAUACCGACGCACAACAAAACAAGACGAAACUGGCCAGGCUGCAAGAAGUACUGAGCAAAAUGCACGCUAUCCACAUCCAAGUCACAGCACCAAAUUACGUCAUGCCAGAAAAGGGCAGCACAGACUCGCCUGGUGCCAAAUUGAAAAAAUUGUAUUCUGAAUAUGUUUCACUUAGCAACGACGCCAUUCGAUUUUUGGGUUACCCUGACUACGGCGCCUACUGGAGGUCGGUCUAUGAAGACGCCAACUUUAAAGACAGUAUUCGAGCUUUGUACGAGCAGGUCCAACCUUUGUACAAACAUUUCCACGCAUAUGUCAGACGUAAGCUAAAGGCAAUCCACGUGAACGUCAGCUUUCCUGACUCUGGUCAUGUUCCAGAAAACCUGUAUUAUACUGCGGUGGAAUUUGGGCCUCCUAUUAGCGGUAAAACUUCAUUUGAUAUUUCAGCUGAAAUGGUCAAAAAAAACUACACAGCCCUGAAGAUAUACGAGAUGGCCGAUGAUUUCUUCAGAUCAAUGGGAAUGCAUCCGAUGCCGAGGAUAUUCUGGAACAAAUCCUUAUUAGAACCGCCUACAGAUGAACGACAAGUAGAUUGCUAUCCCAGUGCUUGGGAUUUUGGGGACGGCAAAGAUUUUCGAAUUAAAAUGUGCACGGGGAUUUCAAAAUACGACUUUAGUACAGUCCACCACGAAAUGGGACAUAUUCAAUACUUUCUUCAAUACAAGCAUCUGCCAUCUGUCUUUAGAGACGGAGCCAACCCAGGCUUCCAUGAGGCUAUAGGCGACACAAUAUCGUUGUCUGUAGAUACCCAGGCACAUUUAAAGUCGGUGAACUUGAUCAAGGAGGUGGUAUACGACAAGGAGUCCGAUAUCAAUUUUUUGAUGGCCCAGGCUCAGAAAACGAUUAUUAUGAUCCCGAUUACCUAUUUUGCUGACCAGUGGAGAUGGGAGGUCUUUAGUGGGGAGACAACUAAAGACAACUACAACAGAAGGUGGUGGGAAUACAGGUGUAAAUACGAAGGUAUAUCUCCAAUUGUGGCAAGUAAAAGCCCAUUCUUUGAUCCUGGAUAUAUCUACCACAUGACUGCCAAUAUACCACUCGUGAGCUAUUUUGUAAGCAUCAUCCAUCGGUUCCAGUUCUACAAAGCUCUCUGUGACAUUUCUCGAUACAGAGGUCCACUACACAGGUGUGAUAUAUAUAACAACAAACGAGCAGGUGCAAAACUACGAGAAAUGUUGAGUCUCGGGUCAUCGAAGCCUUGGCCAGAAGCCCUGUACGUCCUCACUGGCCAGUUCAAAAUGAACGCUAAGCCUCUGAUCGACUACUUCAAGCCGUUACUGGAUUAUCUCGUCAAAGAAAAUGGCAAUGACCACGGUUGGAACCCACAUUGUCCAAUUGUUGUUCCAGAACCCUAAGUUUUGAUCAACCAUCAAAUAAACAACCA